AUGGCGGCCGGUGCGGGGUGUCCGGACCGCAGCUCGGAGCCGGGGCAUCUGUUUGCCCGUGGUAACAGCCGCACAGGCGGCAGCGACACCACUUCUCUCCUUGGCAGCGCCACAACGUGGCCCCUGAAGCGCUACGGCCGCUUCUUACCGCCAUCGGACGGCGACGACGAGGAGCAAAGAGGCACCUCAUGGAAGGUUUUUGAGUCAAACGAAGAAUCAGGCUAUCUUAUCGUCACCAUUGUUGUGUCUGGACAUUUCUUUAUUUCCCAAGGGCGAGCAGUAUUGGAAGGCUUUUCAUUAAUUGAUUCCCACAAGUGGUUGAAAAUAGUAAGAAGAGCAGACUGCUUGCUGUUUGGGGCAAAGUCAAAGCAGCAUGAAUGCCGUAUGUUCCGUGUCCAGUUUGGGGGAGAUUCAAAAGAGCAGAUGCUGGAACACUGCUCUAACUGUGUGCAGAAACUCACCGAGUAUGUACCAGUUCAAGUGACCGAUGAGCAAAGCCAGAUGCUCUAUCAAAAUCUCAAUCAGCUGGCUCACAGUGAAAAUCAAGUGAAGAACUAUGAACAAAAUGUGUCCAUACUGCACACAACAGAUGAGCCUUUAACAGAUUCAUGCACAAGCUUUGGAGAAAGAAGAUCUAUAACAGAGCUAGCACAGUCUGUGCUGAAAUCGAAGGCUGAGCUCCCCCUUGUGUAUCGGCAUUCUGUGUGGAGUGCACAAGAGCUGGGGCCUUUUAUUCGCUUAUGUCUCAUGGAUCAAAAUUUCCCAGCUUUUGUGGAAGAUGUGGAGAAGGAAUUGAAAAAACUAACAGAAGGUUGAGAAAUAUUAACUUAUUACUACUAGAAUAUACAGCACUCAGGCUACACAAGCUUAAAUAUUGUUAAUUAUCUGAAAAAAUCUCACACAGUUUUGUCAGUGUUUUAUUUUUAAAAACAGGUGAAUCCACUUUUUAUACAUCAUUGCACUUCAACACAUACACAGAACACAAGUUCAUGCAUCUACAGUUACGCACAUCAUGAGAACCCUGUUAGGUCUAUUUCUACAAUCUUUAAAUCAUGAGAAAUUACAGUGUCAAACUAAAGAGUGUAACUAGUUGCAUAGAAUAUCACCAUGCCGUAACAUUUCAUCAUCAUUUAAACAAAAAAGAAAAUUAUAAAAGUUUGCCUGAAUUGAAUGUACAAGAAUAUGUUGAACACAUCAGUGCAAAAGGAUUUGAGAAUUUACAUGAUUUAACAACAAAAAAAAUCACUUAAAAAGCAAUCAUAUAUAUAUAUUUAUAAACUGAAGUUUUGUUUUAGGUUUUAACUGCAUUUCACCACCACUUUGUUGAACCAUUCCAGCUUCUGAAUUCUGAUUAUUGGACACCCAAGUCUCUCUGUAUAGGUUAAGCCCUUAAGAUAAUUUCAAUUUAUAUUACUUCUCUAAGUACCAGAACAGUAUAAUUCUCUCAUCUUUCAGACAUACCGUAAGGAAUGAAUAUCAGCAGCUUAAAAAUGAAACACAUUUACUAUAUUUUGGUUUUCCCCUCCUCCC